AUGUCUCGGGAGGGCCAGCGUGGGCAGCCUGCUCGCACAAGACGCGUUCAGAACGAGGAAGAUGCCCAGAAAUUCACUGCGGAGGAACCAAAUGAAGAUGAGAAUUGGAGCGACGACGCAAAUUGCGGUGACAUGCAGUCCAAAUCAGGCAAUGGGCACACGAAACCAAAGCAUGGCACAGUUCCUAACUCUCAUCGGCAUCGCCGACACAAGCCUGUUUUGCCCCCGAAUUUGAGCGACUCUCGGAAAGGAACAUACUAUGCUAGCUCGGACUCUCCCAGUAGUUUUGGACAGGCUGGUGGUCAACUUGCGCAUGGUCGUCCAAUUUAUUCUGACCGCGAGCCCUUCGUCCCAUUCUCUCAACCGGCGCUCUCACCGAAUACAUAUCUCCAAAAUCCACAUUCCCACUUUCAACAUCCAAUGAGUCAUCCCAAUGCCCCUCCGACCUACCCGUAUCCGAUGGGCCCGGGCCCUUAUCCUCACCCCGUGAACAUGGAGCCCCCGACCCUUUUCCGAGAUCCUGGACAUCAGUACUUUGGAAACUAUCCCUACCCUGAGCCUCAACUUCUUCCACCGUUCGGAGGCAUGCCUAUGGUGGGACAACCACCUCAAAUGGCUACGCGUUCCGCCACAGAAUACGAAUAUGAGCAAGAGGAAACCAGAAGGAAAUUGGAGGAUAUUAGGAUAAGUCAAAAACACGAGAAGGAUCAGCAGAGAGCUUUGAAAAAGCAGAAUAGAGCAGCGGCUCAAAAGGAGGCAAAGAAACAGGCGCAAGAGGUAGAGCGCCUGGUUAGAGAGGAAGUUAACAAAGUAUGGCAGCGAGAAAGGAAAUUGAUGGACUUGGAAACGCAAUCAGAACCGGCCAGGGCACGAGCAGGCUAUGACAUGAGAGGUGCAUCGGCAUAUGCACGACAUGAACAUGAUGAUAUGCGAUACCAUAACGGAAAGGUGGGAGAAUCGGAUCCGCUGCAAGAGGAAAUUGCUCGCCUGGUUGAAGGAAGGAAGCAAUACUGGUCGCAGAGGGGACACUCGAGGGGCAGUCUGGAUGCACAAACCAGGACCAGACUCGAGGUCAGACCGAGAACUGCCUUUGACCCCACUAACGGCCCAGACUUCAGAGACCAGGUAGAAGAUGUUGUGAUAGAUAUUCUGCGACGUCUAAGGUCGAACGAGGAUGAGGCUGACUGGCUACCCUUUUUGUCAUCUCCAUACCGGACAAUGUCUGAUGGCUAUCCUGCAAGCGAGGGUCAGCAAAGUCUACGGGGUUGGCAAGCUGGCACAUACGGGAGCAAACCUAUCGAUGCUAUCAGUGCUAUGUAUUCUUCGCCUCGAAACUUUUCCCAUACACGCAGGGGCAACUUGAACGACCAGAGUCCACCUUUUGAGAACCGCCGGUCACGAAAUCAAGCGCAAGAUGACCCAGCCUCCUGGCGGAGGCCAACCCAAAUUCCACACAAUUACCGAGUGCCCCGUGAGGACGCGAGGUUCUCCAGCCCUCCAAGGGACCUUGAAGCUCACCAUAAUGUCGCUCGAGAAAUAGUCAACCGGGGAUCUCCUACCAAUGCAGUGCAAAAUGGUUCAACUAGGGAAAGACGGAAUGCUGGCUUUCCCAGAGGACACGUAACAGCUGGCCGGAAAAUGGAGAAUUCAGGCAUGCCUGGGGGUCCCCGAGAUACUGAAAUACAGAUACCAUAUGAUGAAGGUUUCUCGGAUGAGUUGGACGACACAGAAUCAAUUCCUGACCGCCAGCCGGCUCCUUACGCAUUCGGCCCCAAUCGUCCGGGUCUGGAAGAUGACUUUCCACCACCUUCGGCACCUGAACCCCCACGAAGGAGGUGA